AUGGAUCGCAUCAAGGAAAUCAAUAAUGCAUACCUUCAGAAAAUGAACUCUCUCCGCAUCGAGGCCGACGAAGCCGCUUCUAAGGUCGAGGAGCUGCAGAAGCAGAUCAAGGUGCUCGAGCAGGAGAACCUGACCAAAGAGCACGAAAUCACCUCUCUCACCCACAAGAAUACACAGUUGGAGGCCGAGGUUGAGAAACUGGAGAGUUCUCUCAAGGAGCACAAGAGCGACAAGGACGAGGGCUCGGCCGCUUUGACACAGAACGAGACGUUGCAGCGCCGACUGCAGCUCUUGGAAGAGGAGGCCGAAGAGGCUGACAAAAACCUACGGGAGACGAAUGAUAAGCUCCGUCAAACAGAUGUCAAAGCCGGCCACUUCGAGCGCAAAGUCCAAGCCUUGGAGCAAGACCGCGAUCAAUGGGAGGCCAAGUUCGAGGAGAUGGCCAAGAAGUAUGCCACCGUCCAGAAGGAGCUCGAGGACUUCCAACAGGAGAUUGGCAACAUCUAA